AAAAUAGGACAAAAUAUCUCAUACCACUAGAACAAAAUAAGAAAAUCCCAUGGCUCUAGGAAUUCAGAAAGUCUACUUUAACGAAAAAAUGCUGUAGAUUUUUUAUUUGCUUUUGUUGGGGCAACCAAAACAAAGCAUUGUGUUGGUUGGGAAGAGAGUGGAAGACGAGGGGGCUAUGGACACUGCCAUUUGCGGCCGAGUCGCUCUCUCCCCCAAUCCAGUCUUCCACCCUAAACCAGGUGAUAAAUAUGCUCUCCAUAAGCAAUGCACAAACCGGAGCUUUUUUUGGUCAGUACCAGCCGCUGCAGCGGGGAAAGGUGGUGGUGUUUUGGACAUACCAACCAGAGAGAAAACAAAACCUGGUCGCGAAGCUGAAUUUGGUGUGAGGAAAUCAAGGAAAAUUUCCCCUCCCUAUCGAGUCAUGCUCCAUAAUGAUGACUACAAUAAGAGGGAGUAUGUUGUUCAAGUCCUGAUGAAGGUCAUACCCGGGAUGACUGUUGACAAUGCCGUCAAUAUCAUGCAAGAGGCACAUAUUAAUGGCCUCUCGGUCGUGAUUAUAUGUGCUCAAGCGGAUGCGGAAGAGCACUGCACACAGCUGAGAGGUAAUGGCCUUAGGAGCUCGAUAGAGCCUGCAAGUGGAGGUUGUUAGACACUCGGUAAAAUUUGAAUGCGUCCUGUAAAGUUAUCUCAGGUCAUGUUUUGUGACUCGGUUUAUGUGUACAUAUGCUGAAUAACAUGGUUGUGGAUCAUAUGUACAAUGCUUGUUGAAUUAAAACAAGAACAUAUGUGACAAAUAAAACGUAGUCCUAAUAUUUCAGUGUA